AUGCCAUUUUGUUGCAAUUCAGACGGAGAGACGGAGAAGGAAGUGUAGGAGACGAACCAUCUCGCUGCAAAAUCGUUCGUGGGUUUCAACUUGUUGACAUAUCGUUAACAUUUUCUUCGCCCAGAGCAGUUAAGCAGCGGGUCGUGAACUUUUUUGACGAAAGGCUUUCACCAUCAAAGCCUGAGGAAGUCGUUUGCCGACUUCUGAGAGCACCGUGCGCCGAGGUGAAUUGAUGUUCAGCUCGGUAACACGACAGAACACCGCUCAUUGGCACAUGAAAACGUCAGAUCUUGCUGGACAUAAAUGUGCAGCGAGAAGUAGAUUUAGUACUACUUCGAGGACCUGGAGCCCGGUUGGUGAAGAGAAGUUAAGAAGCGAAAUUAUCCACGUACUCAAUUUUUUGACAACAAAGAGGUGACAGAGUGUGAAAAUGGGAGGUGGCGAGAGAUACAACAUUCCAGUUUCCCACCCGGAGCGCCCUGUGCCUAAGAAGAACCACCAGCUCGGCCGGGGCAAGCAGAGGAGCCGUGAUCAGAAUGGUGUGCCUAUGGUUACACCUACCGGCUCUCCAGGUGGGCCCCACCACCAUGGCCACCGCAGGGUGGAGAAGGGCACUGGCUAUCCCUGGUCUCCCGAAACGCGGCAGGCCGCGUCGGCAGAGAAGAAGAAGAAUGCCACUGUCCGAUUUGCCACCACCCACAACCAGAACUUGGAGGGCGCCAUGUCCCACCUGAACUCUUUGCUGGCGUUUCAGUGCAACCAGAACUACGCCGGGCCCAAGUUCAGCGAGCCGCCCUCCCCCAGUGUUCUGCCCAAGCCCCCUAGCCACUGGAUGUCCCUUCCCAUGGGCUCCUGUGACGGGCGUGAGAUGAUGGCCUUCCAGCUGAAGAGCCUCCUCAAGGUUCAGGCCUAGGCGGACCUCUAAACCCCCACUCAGAUACCAAUCUUGGGGUUCCGUUUGGCUCCCGUAUCUCUCUUGCAACACAGCAGCACUGUAAUGCAUUUUUAGACCUAUUUUUAGACCGAAGGUAUUGCAGGACGAGUGGCAGUUCUACAGAUUUGCCUCUGUGAGCGGUCACUUGCCCUUUUAAUUUUUUUAAAGCUAGCCCAAACUGAGGUAUUAUAGCGUUGCAGUCUUACAAGAGAGGGCUCGGAAUACCUAAAUGGGACCUGUUUUUGUGAUGAACGAUGAACUGGAUAUCCUUCUUUGUUUGCUCUAUGUUUUUGUUUUGUUCUUUUUACGUUGGCCGUUAGAUGUUUUCAUUCUCAAUCAUUUCCCCCAUCCUUCCUGUUUGGGAAGCCUAGUGCACAAACGAUCACUCCUUAGUCUAUAUCCAUGGAAGUCCACUUCCCUUCCCAUGCCCCCACCCCCCUCCACCCUCUAGCUUGUUAGUUGAACUUGAGGCGUUUGCUUUUGGUCUAUCGUUACAGACCUCUCGGUGCUAAAGCACAUCAGCGUUUUUAGUUUCAUUCUAGUAAAAGCACCCCAAAUUCUGCAUUUUCAUUUCAACUCUUGCUGAUGCUGGGAAGUUAAAGCCACUUGGUUCUGCAGGGAGACGUGAGCUCAGUGCGUGUGUGGAGAGAUGCAGCUUUAGUCAGUGCAAGUCACAUGUGAACACAGCCUCAAAGCAACUUUUAAGAUGGGACAGUGGCACAACGACCUUGUACUGUGCCAACAACUCCUGUAUUUUACUGUUUUGUUUUUCUGUAUUGUACAGCGCUGUGCGCUCUGCACUACGGGAGUUGGAACUGUACAAGGUCUGCAACAGCUUACACAGUAGCCAAUUUUCUUUUGUCCAUUUCUGUUGUGCGGUAGUUGUGUGCCGUAGUAGUUCUUCCUCAUUCUUUUGGGUAAACCAAAGCAGUUACAUUAAUUCCAACUUUACCCCCCCCCCCCCCCCCCCCUCUGCAAAAUGGGUGUGGUCACAAGUGCCAUAUAGACCACAACCUGGCGGCUCACCUUGGGAACUGCUCUGCUCCCGUGUCCUUCCUUUAUUGAAAUGCAAUCAGUGUGGUUACCUCCUGUCUUAUCCUCCUCCUCCAGCAGCUUCUGAGUCUCCACAGCAGGCCAUGCGGAAGAGGGCAGUGGUAUCAGUUAUAUUGAUUCCACUGCCCUGUUGGCUUCCCCCCCCCCCUUUCCUUUCUUUUUUUCCCCCCUUUUUCUUUAGUGGAGGCUUUGAAGCUGAAGCAGUGGGGCAGGGAAAGUUGGUGGGUGUUUAGAGCGCAGAACCUGGCACAAGAGGGCUUGAGCCAGAGGGUUUGGGUUAUGUUUACAUGUAGAGUACUAAAGGUCACACUGGUGACUGGCGAGCAAUAUCCCAAGGAAUUACACACUGCCCCAUCCCUUUCAAAAAUGAUGUUGCACUGCUGUUGUAUACUGUGUCUUAGAAGUUACAGGCCCAGACUGCCGAUGGCAGUGGGUACGAAAUCUGCUGUCUCUUAAAGUGUGUGUGCAUGUGUGUGUGUGCGCGCGUGUGUGUGCGUGUGUUUUCGUGAGGCAAACUUUUGGAUGAGGUCAUCCAUCUCUUUGCAGAACGGGAAAAGUUUAAUGGCCAUCUUAAAGAUGACAAAACGAAGCAAUUAGACAUCGUAAUAUGUUAUAGUAAAAGAGCCAUGUAAAUAAUGAAAUGUAUAAAACUGUAGCAUAUGUACAUUUAUGCAGGAUCAUUUUAACCUGCUGAUAAAGUAUUUUUUAGUAAUAACACUGAAUGUAAGGGUCACGUGAAGGCCGUGACUCAGUUUAAGAAAUGCUGAAGAAUAUUUUUGUUAAAAAAAAGUAAAAAGAAAAUACUUGCCUAUAGCACGUGUCAAUACCCCUGCACUGUCAUGUUGCCAGUGAUCUUGCACAUGUUUUUAUUUCUUUUUUAAUUUUCUAUAAUGAACAGUGUAGGGAGAAUGAUGAGCUUUAAGUUUAAGCCUUGUUUAAAAAAAAAUUGACCAUUGAAAGAGAUUGUUACAUGUAUGUCUUUUUUACAUCUGUUUUUUUUUUUUUUCUCCUUCCUGAUUUAAGUUCCAUGUUUAAGUCAUUUAGUUGAAUAUCAUUGCUAGCUGUCAAUUGUGUAGGCUUUGAAAUGUAUCAAAAUUGUUAUGAUCUCCUAAUGACAUUUCCACCAUAUGCCUUGUUUUCUCAAUCAAUGUGUAUGACUGAACAGACUUGGAUAUCAGCCAUUCUUCCGCUGGCUGGUAACUACCUCUGGUCCUUUUUUUUUUUUUUUUUUGUUUGAAAUAUAUAUUUUUAUACUUUGGCCUUUGAUCCCCCUUAUCCCCAAAACCUUGUUCAUACAUGUAAUAAUCUCUUUAUUCCAAAUUUACAACUAUAACAGUGUCCUGUUACCAAUUGGCUUUGAAUUUUGUCCCACUUGAUGUCAUGUCACCAUAUGAAUUAAAUUGCCCAACUGAAUUUGAUCUA